AUGGAGGACGUCAGCCUUUUCCUCGACGCCCCAUCGCCAUCGCAUUCCUACCUCUACACUUUCAGUGACCAAGACCAAUUCCUCGACGCCAGCCGCUCAGAAACACAAAGUUCUGCGACCUCUCCCUACGACAUGACCUUCUCUAGAGAUUUUACGGGCUCAGAUAGGAUGCCAAGCCCGGAAAUGGAAGGAGAAGAGGGAAGCAUGUCACCACAGGACCAAACAUCAGCCGCGCAAAUCAAACCAGCCGCGAAGAGGAAGCGAGAGAACAGAUACAAGAACGCUCCACCCUCAGUCCUAUCGCGCCGCCGAGCACAAAACCGUGCCUCGCAAAGAGCCUACCGUGAGCGAAAAGACCAGAGGAUCAAGGACCUGGAACAGAUGCUCAACGACGCCAAGGCGCGGAACGACGUGCUCAGCCAAGCGUACGCAGACCUGCAGGCGGAAUACCUCAAACUCAAGACCUCGUCAAUCAACGAGCAGCAGAUCCCUACGUCGUACCCGGCGUCAGGGCCGCCGGCGGGCCUCGGAGGUUACGUGGACCCGACAAUGUCGGCCCUGCAUGUCAGCGGCGACCUGGACGCAUACCUCUACCCCGAGGUCGGGGGCUUCUCCAUGUGA